AUGAGGGUUAUCGUGCGGCGAUCGAGCGACAAUCGAGCCGUCAGGCGGUCGACAGCGCCCCCGGGACGCUCCCUGUCAGGGUCGACGAGACCGCACCCCGCCUCCACAAGUGUUGCCCAGCAGGGCGGGCCGGGCACACGCCAUCUUGCAUUUCGGUUAUUACCAUAUACUUCGUUGGAGGUUGCAUAA